GAUCAAUAUUUGCCAAAUUGCUUUGGAAUGUAUCUCGCGAUUUCUCAUUUUUUUCACUAUAGAAAAAUGUAAAUUCUGUGUAAAAUAUCAUUUACAAAACAAGAUUGGAAAUACAUAAUGACUAGCCUUUAUAUUGAUAUCAGAGAUGAUCAAUGGCCAUUAGUGUAUGAUGACAAUUAUAAUGUUUCUUUUUGUGGCUUUGAAAAGUUUCAUCUAUUCGAUGCAAAGAAGUGGCGUAACAUAGUACAGUAUCUCAUCGAGGGUGAAUUUAUAACUCGGGAAUGUCUUGUGAAGCCAAAUGAAGCAAAAGAGAAUGAUCUCUUAUUGGUACAUACAAAAAAGUACCUUAAAUCAUUAAAGUGGAGUGGCAAAGUUGCAAUGAUAGCAGAAGUGCCAGUAAUUGCCUGCGUACCCAAUUUUUUAGUUCAAAAGGCCUAUUUGAAACCUAUGAGACUACAAACGGGGGGCACAAUCUUAGCUGGUAAAUUGGCUCUGGAGCGAGGCUGGGCAAUCAAUAUAGGAGGUGGAUUCCAUCAUUGUAGUGCGGGAAAGGGAGGUGGAUUUUGUGCAUAUGCGGAUAUAACACUGCUUAUCAAGAAUUUAGUAUUGCAUAGGGGAGUCCAGAACACUAUGAUUGUCGAUUUAGAUGCACAUCAGGGUAAUGGCUACCAGCAUGACUUCCUCGGUGUCCCGGAGGUGUAUAUAAUGGAUAUGUAUAACAGACACAUCUAUCCGAGAGACGAGGAAGCCAAGAGGGCCAUUAGACGGAAGAUAGAGCUCGGCAACAAGGUCGAAGACCUGGAAUACAUGAUCAAGUUGAGGAAAAAUCUGAGGGAAGCCUUAAAGGAGUUCAAACCUGAUAUCCUGGUGUAUAACGCGGGCACUGAUAUCCUGGAUUCAGAUCCCUUAGGACAUAUGAGGAUCAGUGAUGUUGGUAUCAUAAAACGUGACGAGUUCGUGUUCGAGAUCUGCAAGGAGCAAGACAUUCCAGUAGUGAUGCUGACCAGCGGUGGUUACUUAAGAAGAACAGCGAAAAUUAUAGCCGACUCUAUAAUGAAUCUCAAGAACAAAGGCCUCAUCGGAUGUACAAGGUACCAAAAGUAUUAGACUUAGUCUUGUCUUUGAUUACGCAUUUGUAUAUGGAGUCAUAGCUCAGUGCAAGAAGUGGCGGUGUCAUAAAAGUACCGGGUUCGAUUACUGUUAGCAGAUUAUAUUGUAAUAUUAAAUUAUGUCUAGUCACAAUCUAGUGUUUAUUAAACGUUAUACCGAUGUAUUAUUUUUAUUAGAAAGUUUUUUUUUUAUUUGUUAUAUUUUUUUUUAUUAUAAAUUUUUAAUUAUUUUACAUUUUGUUUCUAUAAAGUUAAAUAUUUUAAAUAAAUGCCAUGGAAAUUAAGAAUUUUUAAAUAUCUAUUUAUUUUUAUAUGUGACAGAUAAUUUAAUUAUUUUUGACAGUUUGUGUUAUAUAUAUAUAUUUUAUUCUAUACUAAUGUUUUAUAUUCUUUACUUUAAUACUUUAUAUAAAUUAAAUCAUUUAUGAUUGUGAAGUAUAAAGGUGCUCGUGAACUUCACUUUAUUGAAUCUUAUCUCAAUGUGCCAAAGAUAACAUGUCUAAUUAAAUAAAAAAAAAAGUUAUAUCUGAAACUUUAUUAGGUAGGAAAGUUAGUUGUUAUGCUUAACUUUUCAUUUUCACGUGCGAAGUUUUUAUUUAUGUACCUACAGGAAAAAAAAACUUCAAUCAUACGUGUUUUAAAUUGUGAUACCAAUAGGAAUUAAAUUCCAAAUAAAACUAUUUAUUUUUCACUUAA